UGAGCCUCCUGAGUGAUUAGCUGAACCAGAAUGGACAAUCUACAUUAAAAAGCAGCAAUGGAAAAGACUUCUGACAUCGAGCGCGCCGAGUACGCGUCUGGAAGUCUCCCGUUAACAGAAUACAACGCGAGCUUCACGGUGAACAGGACUAAUCUUUCGUGGACUGACUUUCAGGAUCUCGGAGAUAAACCCGACUUCAUGGGAGACGGAUCUGCGGUGCUGAGAAUAAUCAUCUCUAUUAUUUACUCGGUCGUGUGCGCACUGGGUUUAAUCGGAAACAUCCUCGUCCUGUAUCUCAUGAAGUCUAAGCAGGCAUGGAAGAAGUCCUCCAUCAACCUGUUUGUGACCAGUUUGGCGGUCACGGACUUUCAGUUUGUUUUGACGCUUCCCUUUUGGGCUGUGGAGAACGCUAUGGAUUUCACGUGGCUGUUUGGGAAGGCGAUGUGUAAGAUAGUUUCUUAUGUCACGGCGACGAACAUGUACGCCAGCGUGUUUUUCCUCACGGCGAUGAGCGUCGCGAGAUACUGCUCCGUGGCUUCGGCGUUGAAAAGUAAGAGACGUCGGCUGCGUUUCUCCGCGCAAUGGAUGACUGUCAUUAUUUGGAUAGCCGCGGUGGGUGCCGCUCUGCCGAACGCGAUUUUCUCAACGACAGCCACGGUUUCUAACGAGGAACUGUGUCUGGUGAAAUUCCCCGACCGAAGCGGAGACGCACAGUUUUGGCUGGGUUUAUAUCACGCGCAAAAAGUACUUCUGGGUUUCCUCAUUCCGUUCGGAAUAAUCAGCAUCUGCUACCUGCUUCUCCUGCGCUUCAUAACUAACAAAAACAUCAACACCUCCAGCGCUAAAAGGCGCUCCAAAGUGACCAGGUCUGUGACAAUCGUGGUUCUGUCUUUUUUCCUGUGUUGGCUGCCGAAUCAGGCGUUAACAGCGUGGGGUAUCUUGAUAAAACUCAACGUGGUACACUUCAGUUACGAGUAUUAUACCACACAGGUGUAUAUUUUCCCUGUCACGGUGUGUUUGGCACAUUCAAACAGUUGUCUUAAUCCCAUUCUGUACUGUUUGAUGAGGAGGGAAUUCAGAAAGGCGUUGAAAAAGCUGUUUUGGCAAAUCACAUCACCUUCUGUGACGAACAUGAGACCUUUUACCGCCUCCACGAAGCCCGAGCAGGACGAGCAGGCGCCCGCGCUGAUUCCUCUCAGUCCGGCGGAGCCCGCGCUCGUCUUUUAUCCUCCAGGAGUUGUCAUUUACAACGGAAGAAACGACCUUCUGCCUAACAGCACAUAAUGAAAAGUUAAUGGGGAGAAUCCAGAUUCCAAACAGAACGGCUAACUUUGUUUCAUUGCCAAUUAACUAAAGUUGCUGUCAAAGAAAUCACCGCGCA